UUCUUUAGGGAGUUGGAGUGAGCAAAUUAAUAUACCGCUAACGUGGCUACUGAAAGUUAUCUGAUCCAUCAAAAAUAUGAUUGUGCAGUUUAUUUGCGCGGUUAUUACCAGAUUCUUAUUCAUCCUCGUCUCCCUAAUUGGAGUAUGGAGGGUGGUGAUGGUUAAGAAUGACGGAGUCUACUGGUUUCUAACUAUUCUCUACCUACCUUUGGUGAUUGAGAUGGUUUUAACACUCAAGCGAAGAAAAGGGAAGGAUUAUGAAUGGUUUUCUCCGGCAAUCUUUCUCUUCCUCAUCAGCAUCAUCCCAUCUCUGUGGCUCCUGGAGUUGCAUCACCAGGAGAACAAAUCCAGUGAUUAUAGGUGUGAUAAACUUGAUUCAGCUGAAAGCAUCAAGGCCUUUAUAAAUAUGUGGCAAAACUCAUCAAAUGGAAGUGAACCUUUCAAGGGUUCUGUGACCCUGCUGUCGUCGGUGUGUGCCAACAAUUGGAUCCUGGCACUACACCAGAUCCUGCUGAUUCUCUUGAUCCUGGGAAAGUGGCUUCUGCCAACCGGUGUAGGUGUUACCAGAAACCAGCUUUCCCAGCUCCUCCUCGUCUUCGUGGGCACUGCCGCAGACAUCCUUGAGUUCACCAGUGAAACGCUCUCCGAUGUCAAGGAUAGCAGUCCCAAUGUGGUGUACAUAAUUCUCGGAGUGUGGACAUGGAGUAUGUUGCAGUUCCCCCUACAUAUCUCAGUGUUGAAUGCUCCCGUUGUUCAGUCAGAAGGCCAGGGUGGCUCCCUGCUCUCUCGUUUGAAAAUGGACAUCUGGAGCAUUGUGGGGAGCUUUUUCAUCCAAGACGGUCCCUUCCUGGUGGUCAGACUCACUGUUAUAGUUUACUUCAAUGUGGUUCACCAGAUGCUCAUCUUCUUCUGCAUCAAGAAUUUUCUGGUGGUCAUACUGAACUUGUACCGUCUCUUUGUCAUCAUCUGCGACCACAAAUCCUCUACUGAGCUCUAGGUUUGGAGGACAAAUUACAGCAGCAAAAUCAGUUUACCAUCAGAUCAUGCAUUUACAAUAGAUGCAAUAGAGGCGCACAGUACCGAUCAAUAUUUUCGUGCCUCAGUGGACUUUAGUGACAUGCACAGGACAGUGCAAUAUACUUUUUAUCCAAACAGACGGUGUUAUCGGUAAUCUGUUCUUGGGAAUGAUAAUGACCUUAAAGCCAUGUUGACAAAUAAUGUAAACAUUUGUUAUCUAGGGUAAUUCUAUGUUGUUUACUGUUCAUU